CACCCCCUAUCUCUCGGUCUAAUUUCAACCUCUUACACAAUGUCGUUCAAUGAUCUUGAAAGAGGUUUCGGUCCAUCAAACCCUGGAAGAGGGAAUAGAGCACGAACUGGUCCUAUAGCUAUCGAGGAGCACGAUGACCUCAAUUAUAAGCAAAUAACCCAACGAAUUUCACAACAGAUUUUCCAUAUCAAUGGUAACAUAUCCAGCAUCGAUCGGUUGAUUGAGUUCUUGGGUAGUCCACGAGAUUCUGCCGAAAUCAGAAACAAGCUUCACGAUGUCACAGAAUCCACAAGAGACCUUGUAAAAGAUACCAGUGAAGACAUCAAACUGCUUUCACAGUGCCCUAUACCAGAUGAGAGAACUUCCCGUCAAAGGAAACUGGAGCAACAAAAGCUUUCCAAAGAUUUCCAAAAGGUCAUUUCAGAGUUUCAACGGGCGCAACGACUUUCUGCUAGCAAGCAGCGCGAGUAUGUUGAUAAAGCAAAGGCUACAACUGCGAUGCUACAAUCUCAAUCUGGACAGCCUUUCGAGUUGGAAGAACACACUAGUUCAGAGCACGAGCCACCUGUGAUUGAGGACCCACAACGACGAAUGCAGUUGCAGGCAUUGGAUAAUGAGAUUGAAUAUAAUGAGGCCCUUAUCACCGAGAGAGAAGGAGAAAUCCAAGAGAUUGAACAGGGUAUUACAGAGUUGAAUGAAAUAUUUAGAGACUUGGGAACUCUCGUCAAUGAACAGGAAAGCGGAAUUCAGAGUAUAUAUGGAAAUGUUCUCAAUAUUGCACAGAGCACACGGGACGCAGCCAGUGAACUUGUUAUUGCGAACCGCCAUCAAAAGAAUGCUCGCAAGAACAUGUGUUGCCUCUUAUUAAUUAUCGUAGUGGUAGCCUGCGUUCUGACUCUUAUUCUAGUGGUUGCAAAGUAAUAAUAUAGGGCUUCACUUUUCCUCUUUUAUUUUUUUCUUCUUUUUUUUUUUUAUUAUAAGAUCACAUUUCCUUGUACCAUCGGAUGACAUAUAAAUUAAAUGGAGACCUCUGUUUUGAUACUAGUUUUCAUUUUUCUUUUUGAGCAUGAGCGGCGGCCUGUUGCAAAUAC